AUGUCAGGAAAUUCUGGGAAUCCACCAGGAAACCCAGGAAACCCAGACAGCUCAAGAAACUUGCGAAACUCUGGAAACUACGACUAUCCUCCUGCCUCAGUCCCCCGACUUCCUCGUGUCCAUGACCCCCGUCUCAGUGAACAAUCUUUCCGUGAACGCUAUCCACAUACCCAGGAUCUAAUCGAUACCUUGAAUGCUCAGCAUACCCGGCUCACUUCUGACACGACUUCAUCACCUUGGCUCCGUUUAAUAGAGAACGUGGGAAACGGUGAAACUACAGAGUCGCUGUCCGAGCUGCUCAGGAUAUCCGAAGAACAUAUGAAUCAGAGCGGUGGCCUGCUUCAAGAGAACCAAAGACCCACUGUACCUGCUAGACCAUCGACUGGAGACCGUUUGCAUUACUUGCGAAGUCUCCUUUAUUCUGGAAGCAACCGCUCAAACGCCGAUGAAACCACCCGUGCUCUGGAGACUUUGAACCGGGAAAUCGAAGACCAUCGUCUCGACCAGGCUGCUCGCAACAGCGCCAGUGAAUCUCGUGAAGAGGCAGUUUCUUUCAACAUCCUGCGCCCCCCGCAGAUCGACUUUGCCGCUUUGAGAUCGAGCCACAGAACGCUGUGGGAUCAAGUGCGGGCCGAGUUUGGAAUCAAUGCCCAAAGUCCUGCCCGGUCCAACCCGUAUCAAGACCCUCCUCGCCCAACAACAAGCAGCAGAAGUCUUCGCCGUCGCUCGUUCCGUCCCGACCUACGAGGCGCCAGUAACCUUGACGAAACGAUCUCUAUCCCGCCCCUCAUGCCACAGUCGGCCUCAGCUUCGUCGGGCCGCGAUGGCCGUGGACGGUUGAAGCGGCGGAAGCUUGAUGCAGAUGACAACCGAGAAGGCUUCCGGGGUUUCAACUACGGACACAGUGGCCAGGUGGUUUCCGGACCUUUGAAGAUGGAGAUUGCCAGCUGUGAUGGAGGCACUUUCGACCCCGAUGGAGAUAGUUCGUUUCCGGAUAAUGUCCUUCGGAAUGAUCAAUCAGUAUACUGCACCAAAUCUGAUCGCUGCAAUAUUGUCCUUCGGCAUCGUGACGAGGCGCCUUUCUGCUUGAAGAAGAUUGUUAUCAAAGCCCCUCGGACUGGAUUUGAUUCACCAAUCCAAGAAGGAAUGGUAUUCGUGUCGAUGACAUCCGAUGAACUGCUUGCCCGCACCGCUCAGUAUCAACUCCAGUACCCUAGUCACCGUCGCCGCCGUCGCAAUCGCCGUUAUGGUCUACAGCCAUCCCAGGAAUACUUGACUGCUUUCCGAUCGCCAUUGCAGUCUCUUGAUCGCACGCCGAUGGGACCCUCUUCACACGCUACAUCAGACAACGAGAAUGCAGACCGAAAUGCGAACGACCCACAAGCUGAGUUCCGCAUCACUACGGACUACGAUGAGUAUCCAGAGGAGAACUCGUUCAUGCAACGGGAAGACGAUGAUGGCCCCUCGGUCGCUGAGCUGGAACGAAUUCAAGAAGACGAGGAUAUUUGCUCGGAAAGUGAGGACAGUAUCAGUGAGGACGAUGAUCUUGACGACUCGAAUAUGGGUAACGUUCACCGACGCCGCAUCGAGCUGCAGCGCCUCCAAUCUAUGCAGAGACGUCGUCCGGCUAGUCUAGUCAACCCCAUUCCACCUCCUUCAUCCGCCCCUGCGGGCUCUAGUGGGGCAUCUUCCAACGUCGAAGUGUUGAAACCCCAUGCACGAUUCUUCAUUGAGCGAGAGAAGAGCAUGGUCAGCAUCAAGUUUGAUCCACCUCCUUCUGGACGGUUCAUUCUCAUCAAACUGUGGAGCCCUCGGAGUGAUGGCAACAUUGAUAUCCAGAGUAUCAUUACCCACGGAUAUGCGGGGCCAAGAUUCUUCCCGAGCGGUGGUUUCCGGUAA